UCAGGUUAGGUUAAUUUUCCGUCGCAUCUGACCUAUAACAAAAACUCUGUCGCUAAGGGAAAAUUUAUUUUAAUAAAAUAUGUAAUAAUCAAAGAGUUCGUCGACUAAUUAAGUGCAGUUUAAUUAAAAAGAUUGUUGUAAACAAGAAAAAUGAAAGAUCAAGUGAACAUUAUUGAUUAUAUACGAUGUUAAAUUGACAUUUCAAGUGCAACUUUAAACCUAACGGGAUUGUCUGUUAUAAUAAAAAAAAAAAAAAAAUCAACGAAAAAUUAAAGUUAUCAUUUUUUUAAUAUUUCUUGUAAUAGUAAUUUUCAAGAGAUGUGAGAAAUGUGUUUUGGUAAAAAUUAACAAUUCAAGUUGUUAUUUGGUGCUUUUUUUUUGGGUGCACCUGAUUGUAAACAUGGCCGCCGGCGUGUUGUGCGAUGGGUGUUUGUGUGUAAUUAAAUCGAAAAAUAUUUUACAGUGGUCGUAAUAAAACGAUCAGAAAUAUGUGCACAAAAGACCCAGGCUGGUGUCUGGGUAAGCGAUGAACGUAUUUCGGGCCCUGAUCCCGUGUGCACUGCAUCGCAGUGGGGAAAGCAGUGGAAGUGGCGGCAGUGGAAAUUGCUGGUCCACAGGAAGAGGACAAGGGGAUGUUUCUUGUAUGACCCAAAGAAUGGGAGCAUCAGCUUCUUCAAGUAUCGCCGCUAUCGGUGGUGAUCCGAUACAGGCAGCAAGGCUCUCAUCUUCUGGACAUCCUGAUCAACUCGGAAUUAUCGUCAGAGAAAGAAAAAAGAAAGUGACUGGAUUCGCUACAUUACGAAAGAAAUUCAUUAGGAGACGUAGAUCGUCAAAAGCAUGUGAUCAUGGUAGAAUAAUAAGGGAACUAGUUUCGUCAUGGAGUCCUUUAGAAGCAGGUGCUCUUUUAGAAGAAUAUGAAGCUCUAGCAGCAUUAAAAGAUCUACAUGUUCAAGCAGAAUUGGCGAGGCCGCCAGCGACAACUUUUAAACAAGACUUGUCAACGCUCUAUGACUUUAAGCAUUGUACAGACGUAGAUCUUGUCUACAGAGGCGCUUGCUUUCCUGUUCAUAGAGCUCUUCUUUCUGCACGGUGCCCCUAUUUUAGAGAUUUACUAGCAGGAUGCCCAGGCUAUGGUGCUCGCAUUUGUCUAGAAUUGAGAACUCCACUUUUGGAAGUUCCAAUGUUCUCGGCAUUAUUACGAUAUUUAUACACUGGUGAUAUAUGUCCUCAUGAUAAUUCAUUGGAUACAAAUCUAUUGCGUCGAUUAGGUGAUGAAUUUGGCACUCCAAAUCCACUUGAACAUGAUCUCAGAUAUUUGCUUGACACUGGUGAUUACGCUGAUGCGGCAUUAGUAUUCACAUCGGAUAACGAUUACCAAAGACCUGACAGCGGAAGUUCCGAAUAUGGAUUCCGGCCAAAAUUAGAGCUACCAUGUCAUAAAGCAAUAUUAUCGGCGCGAUCGCCAUUUUUCCGUAAUCUUAUUCAAAGGCGAACAAGAUCGGGCGAGGAUCAUACUGAACGUGCACUUCAUAUACCAACAAGAAUUGUUCUCGAUGAAAGUGUUAUUCCAAAACGUUAUGCAAGAGUAUUACUUCAUGCUGUCUAUCUUGAUACUGUUGAUUUAUCAUUGAUUUUACGUGGUGGCGGCUGUGGAAAUAGUGCAGGAAGCCUUGGAGAGGUUCAGGCAUUGACGCACACAGGUCGAAUGCGACCGAGUCCUCUGGAGGAGGCAAUGGAACUCUAUCAAAUAGGCAGAUUUCUCGAGCUCGACAUUCUUUCUCAAGGCUGUGAAGAUCUUAUUUUAGAAUGGCUCACACUCGAUUCACUUCCAACUGUCCUUCGAUGGGGAAGUCAACCGCAUGGUUCGGCAUGGGUUCACAGACAGGCUCUUCAUUAUCUCAGAGAGGAAUUCCAACCGGUGGCUUCAUCACCAAUCCUUCAUCAAUUAGAUCUUGGACACUUGUCAAACGUUCUCCAAAGUCAUUUCCUACAGGCGAGCGAACUUGAAGUGCUACAAGCUGUACUGAAAUGGGGCGAACAGGAACUUGUACGACGAAUGGAGGAUAGAGAACCCAAUUUACUCAGUCAUACAGUUCAUUCUGUGGCGAGGAAAGGCGUUAAGAAAAGGGAUCUCAGUGAUAUAGAAUUACGUGAAAUAUUAAGCGAGCUUUUGCCCCUCGUUAGAAUGGACCACGUUUUACCGCCGAAUAGUGAAAUUCUCGCUCAGGCAAUUCGACGAGGGUUGGUCUCAACUCCGCCCAGUCAUAUGAUUGGUGAUGAACGAGAAAAUUUACGAGUGAAUGCAUGGAUAAGAGGUGGCAAGAAAAAUGGACUCUUUGUGAGGCCUCGAUUAUUUAUGCCAUAUUACGAAGAGAUUAAGGCUCUAGUCGAAGAACAAAUGGUUCAAGAAGUUGAAUUAGUGAGAUUAAGAAGAGCGCGUUACAUUCCUGAUAUUCCUGAUACUCUUUAUAUGGUUGAUGAAAAACCACGAGCAAUGGGAGCUGUGGGUGUUGAUAUUUUAGCUGCCGCUCUUCCAGUUCCAGACACGGCAACAAUGUCAGCAAUGUUAAAACGAGAACAAAAAUUGAGACAAGCUCCCAGUUGUCAACGUGCAAUUAGUUUACCUUUAUCAUCACGACAUGAAAUUAAUAGGCAAGUUCGACUUCGUGUUGUUCGUGAAUUCAAUUUACCGGACGCUGUGGCCGAUCUCCUUGAGAAUGCGGCAUGUUAUAAUUCAGAAGAAACAGAUGAAAAUAUGCCUAAUAUUGAAAAUGAUGGCUCUCUAAAUUUAAAUAGUAAUGUUGGUGCUACAGCAUCUAUUUGUUAUGGAAGAAACAUGACAUUCCCUCGUCAAGCAUCUUCUUAUUCUCAUAGACACGAACUACCCGCUGUUGUCACCGAAGGAGAAAACUAUAGACUUUCUGGGGAGGAGAAUAAUUCGUGCAGCGAUGGUCAUUUAUCGGGAAUAAUGCCGGACGUGGCAAUGGCAACCGCGUCUUUUGGUGCUUUACAAUUGGUGGAACCACAAGAACUUGAAUUGGAUCUUGGCGAUGGAACAUCACAUCUUUUACAAUUGAAUACAUCGUCAAUGGGUUCAGUCGUUAUUCAUCCAAUGCACUCCCACGAACGCCAAAGACAUUUUCCCGGUCCACCACCACCGCCUUAUGUGUACCAAAAUUCAAAUACUGGACAUCCAAGAUUCAUUUAAAAUCAUGUAAGAAAUUGUAUAUACUGCCUAUACAUAUAUAUAAAUAUUCUAUAAUUUGUCAUACCAGGGUGAAAAAAAAACAAACUAAAUGAGCUCAUGAAUGUAUGAGUAUGUGUGUCUAGAAAAAGAUGUAUGUAUGAUUAUCACUAUAAAUUAAGGCACAAAAAUUGAUAUUCAAGUGCGCAACAAAAAGAAAAAAAUCACGUGAUUAAUAUUUUUUAGUCUAUCGUUCAUGAGGGGAAAAAAAAAUUAACUUUUCAAAUAGCUUAUAAAGUCUAAAUAAUUAAUCAUUGGUCAAACAUUUAUGAAAGAAAAAAAAAAUUGUAAAUUGUAAAAAAAAAACAAUUGAUCCACAAGUCACUCUAGUCUUUAUCAGAAACCUCGAAUCUCUAUGAAAGUCGCUUUAAAAUGAUAAAAAUAAAAUAUAUUUAUAUUGUGGAUCAAGGAAAUUCUAGGGACAAAGCUCGCUUUGCAAACAAAAUAAAAAUUAUUUUCAAGUUAGUAAUUUAUUUAAGAAUAUUGUUUUCAUUUAUGUUUGACCUUUGAUAAAUUUACUUUUAAGACUGUAAAUUAUUUCUUAAAAAAAAAAAAAAAAAUGAUCACGUUUUUCGAAUCUUAAAUUUGAUGAAUCGCUAUUUAAAAAUAACAAAGAGUGUCUCUCACUCAUAGUUGCCAAUAAAUUUUUUGUCUGUAACAAUAUAAUUACUGGACAACAAAAAUUUUAUAGAUAUUUUAUUUGAAAAUGCCUUGCAAAGGCAAUAUUUAGUGAAAAAAAGAGAGAAAAAGAAUUCUUUUUUAUUAGAAGUUCCGAAAAUAUAUAAUAUAGCCUUGUAGUAUUCAAAAUAAUACAAUCAUGCGGUAAAGCUUGUUAUUUGAGAAACUUGAAUGUUAUUCUAAUUAACGGUUGAAUUUCACGAAAACCCCGGGAGCGUUUCAUUUGAAAUUGAAAUAUCCAGUUACAAUUUUUUUUUCUUAAUUGUCCUCAUAUUUCGCAUAAAUAUAAUAAUAAAAAAAAUGUAUUUUUUUAAUCGGCAAUGAUUUUGUUCAAAAUUUUCAAUUUUUUUUUUGUGUUAAGAACUUAGAACACUGAUAAAAUUUAAAAUAUAAUAAUCUAAAACUUAGUGAUGUCAAUUUCAAAUGGAAAUCUUUCAUUUAAUUGAAUUAAAUUAAAUUUAAUUGAAACGUAAUUCAACUACAAUUGAAUUAAUUAGAAUUAAAUUUGAAAUUUAAUUCCAUCAAAUUGAAUUAAAUAGAAAUUAAAUUGAAAUUUAAAAAACAAGUCGUUUCUCGCGUAAACAAAAAUGGCUUCCGAUAUCAAAUUUUCUAAUUUAUUGACUCUUAGGUAUAUAGAAUUUUUUUUUUGUAAUUUAAAAAAUCUAUUUUUUUUUGCUAUUUGUUUAUCGUAUUCUACUUCUCAACUAUAAAGAAUCUCGCAGUAAAUCUCGCAGUGAUGUGAUUUACAAAUUAAUUAAGUGAAACGAUACUAAACUUUACCACUGACAUUAAAUUACAAUGUUAUAUUGCCAACGUAGAUUCGAAAUCGUAUGUAAAUAAUAAUCUCGAUAAUUGUGUUUAGGGAGUUAUUUCAAGCAAGACAUGAAACAAACAAAAAAAAAAAUGAAAAAAAAAUACAUUUCCAGUUAUUUAACAUAAGCUGUGUUCUCGUGCAAAGACUGUGCAACGGAUAGUGCAGAUUUUAGUUUUUAAAUGUCUCGCACGAAUGUUCUUAUCGUGUGAUAAGGAAAUAAAAUUAAAAAAAUAAAAAAAAAAAAAAUAUGUUAAAGUGGAGGUAAAAUGACUUGUAGUCGAAAAAAAAAUAUAUAUUAUACCGUACGGUCGCUCCGCCACUUUUGUAGUCCAUUUGCGGUGUGUGAUUGAACACUGAUUCAGAGGGGAAAAAAAGUGAAAAGAAAGAAAAGGUGGCUUUUUGUAGUAAUUGAAGACUAUUACAGGAAGUCUGGACAGUAAAAAAGUCGAUGCUCAUAACCGAGUGCAUCGUUCUUAACGGACCAAUGUAACUAGUAAUCGAUUAUAAGUUUAUACAUAAUAAUGAUGCACUAUACAGGACGUCUAGUUUGUUAGAUGCUUUGGAAAAAAAGUCCGUUUAUGCUUUUCAAAUUCAUUAAAAUUCGUUAUUUAAAUUUAAAAUAAAAAUAAUUCAUUUUUCUUUUUAAAAAAAAAUUCUUUUUUCAUCUUACACAAUAUUUUGAAUGAAAUAAUUGAUUUUGAAACUCCAUAGGAAUUGAAGAAAAAAAUCGGACCGACAGUCAAAAUUAAAAUUUAAUUUUGUGAUUUAAAAUUUUUUUUUUCUCACAUAUUUUUGUUUUAUCCACUUUGUUGAAGCAACAAUUAAAGAUACAAAAUGUGAAAAAUUAAAUAACUAUUAAUACUGUAGCAAUUGUUUUUCUUAUUUAAUAAUACAAAAACUUCUGUUUCAAUUGUUUGUCCGAUUUUUCUUCAAUUUUCAAAUUCAAUUAUCUUCAAACUAUUAUGAUUUGAUGAAUCUUAAUGAAAAAGCUCGACAAUUACUUAAACUUUUCUAAUUGACUAUAACGUCUAUUCUUUAUCUUAUUUUCACAAAAUAUUAGUAAUAAUUAAUUGUGGUGCCUGUGAAAAUUUCGGCUAAAAAGUUUAUGUUGUUAAUUCGUAAUUGCGUUUAGAAAAGAAAUUUUUUUUUUGUUCUAAUAGAAAUUUAAAUUAAUAAAAUAAUAAAAGAAAAAUAUUCGGGUCGUGUAAAUAUAAAAUCAUUUGAUAUAAUAAUUUUUGAAGUGAAAUUUAUAUUAUUAAAAUUUACAAAAUGAAAAAUUCGAUAAUGUAAAUUUUAAUUCAAUUAAAAAAUUAUAUCAAAAUGAUUUUUUUUUUAAGUUAAUAGGCAGAGAGAGACUGUAAUAGAGAUGAGCUACCUUAAAAAGACUAGAAACCAGUGAAAUAAAAGAAAAAAAGCUCUCUUUAUCAUAAUUAUUAUCAUUUUCCUCUUGGAAUUAAAAUAAUUACAAAUAAUAAUAAUGAAACAUUUGAAAAUUGAUUAUAAGGGCUUAGCUAAUUUCUCUAUUUUCUUGUUCCUUAUUAUUAUUAAAUAUAUUAAUAAUUAUAUCGCUUUUUUGCGAAAGUUAAUUGUAUAUUGUUUGCAUUUUUUUAUGUGUAUAUUAUGGAACGUAUAAAUCUUGUACAGUGUGUAACUGUAGCGUUGAAAUUUCUUUUUAUGGCAAAUUUGUUGUUGAUUAUUUUUUUUUUUUGUCAAAAAAGAGAAGAGAAAGAAAAAGAGAGAAACAUAUUAUAGUAAUUUAUUCUCUCUAAAGAAUGCAUUUGUAAUCAUGAUACAUGAGCAAUGAUUUAAUUUUGAAAUCCGAUAUCUUUGUGUAAAAAGAACUUGAUGAAAUAUAUUAAAUUAUUAACAUU